GUCUCACCACCGGGAUCCGCCUCGACCUUCAGGAGGUCCAGGCAAGGGCAAGGAUAUGCGACCGCCGGUGCGGUCGAACCGGUGGGAUGAGCCGAAGGGAGGAAAAUCUGACCGCUAUGCCUCGAAAGGCAGCGAGCGGCCUUCAGGGAAGGGAGACAAGGGCAAAGGCCCGGGGAAGUCGGCGCCCGUCAGCCCCCCGAAGAAGAUCGACAUCGACCCCAACGAAGGGACGGAACUCGAGCAGGUGGCUUUGGGGGAGGUGAUCGACCAGCUCCUGGACGAAAGCAACGCCGGCCGUGUCUGGAUCACCAACUGGCCCGGCCGCUUCCAAGCGAAGCUCGGACAGCUCCGAGACUUCCUGGAGAGGCAUCCGGACAAGUUCACAGUCAUCCCGCAGGGCGGAAGAAGGUAUACCGUGGCCUUUGCCGGUUCAGCGCCCGAAGGCGGCAAAGAGAGACAGGACCGAAAAGAGCGAUCCAAGCCCUCUAAAAAAAUGGAGUGGAAGCGAAGUCAAAAGACGGCUUCCAAAGAAGAAGGUGCAGCCGAGGCCCCGGAGGAGGCUGCCGGAGAGGACGAGCACGAGGAGGCCUCGAAGACGGCAAA